AUGCAACGCGAUGUGUACGCAUCGCUUAUUAAGAAGCGUCACAAGCACAUGAUUCCGCUGUUAAUCCAUCAAGUCUCUGGAGACGUUACCCGCGAGAAUGUCUUUGAUGAAGUCUUUAGUGGUUACAAACUUCGGCGCAUUGUGCUCAUGACUCACAUGGCUGCCACCUCCUCCUUAUCGUCACGUCUGCCACGUGAUGUCAUUGUGACAGACUUUGAGAAACUCAAGGCGAUUCAUCAGCCGCACUUUCACUACAAGCUUCUUCCAUUGCUCUGCACAGACAUAGAGGCAUUUGCAGCAAUGCAAGGUAUAUGUGCAAGUGCCAAUUCCCCCUUCACAAUUGAGGACCGCAGGGACCCACAGGGCCUGACGCAUCGUCUCGCGAAUGGUUGUGCAGAUCGACAGGCCGUGUGCGAAUUUUUUGCGGAACACAUUUCACCGGAGGAACGCGACGUGCCAGUGUUUUCACGCAAGUUGCCCAUAUCCGCGGUGGUUUUUGACGGCCUACUCCUUUCGAGGAAGGCAAAUGACGUGGGGGCUAGAGUAGCCGCACUGUUGACGGUGCACGAGACGGCUACAGGGAAGACCAUCACAGAACGCGCGCUCAUGCGGGAUUUCUUUAGCAGCCCGCUUUAUACAAAAAUGUGCGGCAAUAGCGACGUGGGUCAGGCGGUGCGUUUGGCACACCAGCGGCUGCACUUCAUGGCUGUCAAGCGGCCGGUUGGGACGGAUGACGGGUGCCGACGGACUCUUCUACGACUCGCAUCGGAGAAGAAUCUUUUUGUCUUUGAGAAGUUGGCCGAUGAGUACCACUUUGCGCAUUUGUAG